CGAAUCGGACAGCAGGUUCAUUCAGCACUUCGAUACAGAGCUGCAGAUAUCGUUCUCUUUAACUAGCAGACCAAUUUUUCACCAUGCCUUUCUCUGAAUUAUAUUUUAAUGUUGAUAAUGGCUAUCUAGAGGGGCUGGUGAGAGGUUUUAAGGCUGGCAUUUUAUCUCAGGCGGAUUAUUUGAACCUCGUUCAGUGUGAAACUCUGGAAGACCUGAAGCUUCACUUGCAGAGCACUGACUAUGGAAGCUUCCUGGCCAAUGAAGCCUCCCCUCUUACUGUAUCUGUCAUUGAUGACAAGCUGAAAGAGAAGAUGGUGGUUGAGUUCCGCCAUAUGAGGAACCAGUCUUACGAGCCUCUGGCCAGCUUCAUGGAUUUCAUCACAUACAGCUAUAUGAUUGACAACGUCAUCCUACUGAUCACUGGAACUCUGCAUCAGCGGGCCAUUUCAGAGCUGGUGCCCAAGUGCCACCCACUUGGCAGCUUUGAACAGAUGGAGGCCGUUAACAUCGCCCAGACUCCAGCAGAGCUUUAUAAUGCCAUCCUUGUGGAUACACCACUUGCUGCUUUCUUUCAGGACUGUAUCUCUGAGCAGGAUUUGGAUGAAAUGAACAUUGAGAUCAUUCGCAACACACUUUAUAAGGCUUACCUAGAAGCUUUCUACAAGUUCUGCACCUCAUUGGGUGGCACAACCGCAGACACCAUGUGCCCAAUUCUGGAAUUUGAGGCAGACAGGAGAGCUUUCAUCAUUACUAUCAAUUCCUUCGGUACGGAGCUUUCCAAAGAAGACAGAGCUAAACUUUUCCCUCACUGUGGCAAGCUCUACCCAGAGGGCCUAGCGCAGCUCGCUCGUGCUGACGAUUAUGAGCAGGUCAAAGCUGUGGCUGAAUACUACCCUGAAUACAAGCUUCUUUUUGAGGGUGCUGGCAGUAACCCAGGAGACAAAACCCUUGAGGAUCGCUUUUUUGAACAUGAGGUGAAGCUUAAUAAGCUGGCCUUCCUGAAUCAGUUUCAUUUCAGUGUUUUCUACGCCUAUGUCAAGUUGAAGGAGCAAGAGUGCCGGAACAUUGUGUGGAUUGCAGAGUGCAUCGCUCAAAGGCACCGGGCUAAGAUUGACAACUACAUUCCAAUAUUCUAAUGGUACUUCAUGACAGUCUUGAAAAAUAAUCCACGUGGCAUGUAUUUUCUGUG